AUGAAUAGACUAGAUAUCAUCUAAAUAUACCCAGAAAACAACAUAAUAUAAAAAUUAUUUAAGAAACUAUUAUAUAUAAAAAGUAUAAUAAGCAUUGUAUCAUUAAAAAUAAUCAAAAGUGGGUUAUUUGAAAAUAUAACAUUAAUUGUAAUUAUUUUAAAUUCAAUAAUGUUAGCUAUAGAUGAUCCUACCUCAAGCGAUGAUAACAAUAAUGAAAUGGAGUUAUUUUUUUUGAUAUUUUACACAAUCGAAAUGUGUUUAAAAAUAUUUGGAUUUGGCUUUUUUUUUAAUAAAUAAGCUUAUAUAAAAGACGCUUGGAAUAUUUUAGAUUUUGCAAUUGUAAUUUCCGGAUAUAUACCAUAUGUAGUAUAAAACAAUAAUUCAAUAAAUAUUUCAGCAUUACGUUCAUUGAGAGUUUUAAGACCUUUGAGAACUAUUUCAAGUAUAAAAAGCUUGAGGAAGAUCAUUUUAUGCUUAUUUAAUGCAGUUCCUUUAUUGAAAAACUAGCUUAUUGUUUUAGUUUUUUUCUACGUGAUCUUUGCUAUUGCGGGUUUAUAAUUGUUUAGCGGUAGUUUGAAGAAAAGAUGCUUUUAUAAUGAAACAGGAAUAUAAAAUUUAAGCACAGAUUUAAGUUAUUGUAUUUCCGAUAAUGAUUGUAAGGAAUAUGGGGAUGAGAAAAUGUUUUGCGGGAAAGGAAUUUCUAACCCUCUUUUUGAAAGUAUUUCUUUUGAUAGUUUUGGAUGGUCGUUUUUGAGUGCGUUUUAGAUUGUUAUGCUUGAAGGUUGGAGUGAUAUUCUUUUGGGGGUUUAAAAAACUUUUUCGCCUUAUAUAAUUAUUUAUUUUGUUAUUAUUAUAUUUUUGGGGUCAUUUUUUUUAAUGAAUCUUACUUUGGCUAUUAUCUCAGUUUAAUAUAAUGAAGCUUCUUCUACUUUGGAAAAAAAUGGAAAUUAAAAGAAAGAUACUUAUGAAAAAUAUAGUGAAAACGGAUAUAAUCUUAAAGAUUUUAUAGAAUAUGGUAUUUAUAUUUCAAAUAAAGAAAAAUAUUUAUAAAUAAUAAAUAAUAAUAACAAUAUUAAUAAUAUAUAAAAUAAAAGUCAAAAUAAUUAAAAAAAUAUUUAAUAAAUUCAACUUUUAUAAGAACCUUAAAAAAACCUCAAAAAAGAAUCAGAAAUAGAAACCCAAAAAUUAAAAGAAAUACAAGAAAAUUCAAUCAAAAAAAAUUCAUAACAUAAAAAGUAUAUAAAGUAAUCAAAGCAUCGAUUUAACUAAAAAAACUAUUAGUUUAUAAAAAAAGCCUAAAUCCCAUAUUUUUCAAUUACAAGAUUAUUUAUUUCAAUAACCACCAAAUUAUAUAAGAAAAAUUUAUCUUCAAAUGCUGACAUUUAAUUAAAAAGCAAAAAUUUAAAAAGCUCAUAAAAUAAUAUUGAAAGUAAUUCCUCAAUAGAAGGAGAGGAUAAUUUUAUUUAAAUAAUAGAAUAUAAAGCAAUAAAUAAAUAGAAAUAAAAAAUCAGAUAAUAAUAAAAAGAACUAAAAUUAAAUCAUAAAAAUAACUCUACAUAAGAAAAUUUACCGACAAAGGUCGCUUUCUCCCUAAAUAAAAUAAAGAAUAACACAUUAAAUUAAGUAAAUGAAGCCUCUUUAUUUUCUUUAGAAGAAGAAAAUGAAAAAUCUAUUAUAAAUUCAAAAUAAACAAAUAAAAACACUUUCGAAUUUUUGUAUGAAGAUAGUGAUUUUGCCUAAAUCAGUAAUAAAUUUUAAAAUGAAACGGAUUCAAUUGAAAAAAAUAAAUAAGAAUUAAAAAUAAUAUAAAGAAAACAAAGAAAAUAAAGACUUAAUAAUAAUAUUAAUUAAUUUCAAACAAAAUUAAAAGGAUAAGAAACUCGAAAAAUUACUAAUUAAGUUUAAGUUGUUUCGGAAUUCGCAAAUUAAUAAAAACAUAUGUAAUUAAAAUAAUAUAAAGAUAUUUUCUAUUCUAAAUAUAUGAAAGCUAAAGUCAUUUUUUCACAAGAAAAUUACAAUGAUCAAAUAGAUGACGUUCUCCCUAAAAAAUUAUAAUUAAUAGAAGAAAAAAGAAAUAUAAAACAUUAAUAAUAAUUAAAAUAAUUAAGAUUUAAUUUAAAAUACAUAAGGCAUUAAAUCAAAAGAAAAGACGAUAAUUGGGACGAUCAAGAAGGAAAUAUUAAAAAUUAAAAAAAUAAUUUGAUUCCACUUAAAAAAGAAUUAAAUUAAAAACAAAUUUUAUGUUUAUUACCUAAUAAUGGUUAAAUUAAAGAUUUUAAUAAAGCCGAAUAGUAGUUAUUAACUUUUUAACAAAAGAGGUCCUUAAAAACCUUCAAAUUAAGAUAUAAUUUGGAAGAUGGAGAAGAUUAUAAUACAAUAAAUAAAAGUAUAAAUAACAGUACUGGAGGUUCUUUUCUUAUAACAAACUAAAAAAGUAUAAAAAAUUCAUUUAUAAAAAAUGAUUCUUUACUAUUCAAAUAAAAAAUGCUUAAAAAACCUCAAAACAAUAAUUACGAAACAGUCCAAAAAUGGGAUUUUAAAAAAGCUCAAGAAUUUAUUCUUGGUAAAAAAACAACAAAAAGCAACACAAAUGACGAAGAAUUAUUAUAAUUCAACUGUUUAAAUAACAUUUAUAAUAUAAAUACAAAUGACAAUCAACAAUAAAAUAACGAAAAAUUAGAUAGAACAUACUUAGAAAUAACAAAUAAUAUAAUUGAAACAAUCUAAAAACAGCAUAUAACAUAUAUAAGCACCCAUUCAUCAAUAGAUGACAUAAAGAAUUUUUUUUAAUAACGAAAAAUACACUAGUUUUAAACCACUAAACGAAUAUCAGAAAAUUCUUAUAUAAUUGUUCUUAAAUCAUUAAAUAAUUCACAAAAAGCAAUGCAUAUAUAUGACGGUAUAAUAAACAUAACAAGAAGAAAAAUUCGAAAAUUCGCCUUAUCAAAAUUUUUCGAUAAUGCAAUAAUGCUUUGUGUAGUUAUGAAUACUGUUAUUUUGGCUUUAGAGGGUUUAGUAAGUACAGAACAUGAAUAAACUUUAAGUUCUUUUAAUAAGGCUUUUACGGCUAUUUUUACAUUUGAUAUGGGACUUAAAUUGAUUGGAUUGGGUAUAAUUGAAUAUUUGUAGGAUAAAAUGAAUGUUUUUGACUCUUUUAUUGUUGUUUUGUCGCUUGUGGAGUUGAGUGUGAGUGGAAAUGGGGGAAGCAGUGCUUUUAGUGCUUUUAGAUCGGUGAGAAUUUUAAGGGUUUUUCGAGUUUUAAGGGUCACUAGGUUGAUUAGGUAGCUGAAAUUUAUGUAAGUGAUUAUUUAGGCAAUUGGGAAUUGCGUUUAAUCUUUUAUUUAUAUUAUGAUUUUGCUUUUUUUGUUCAUUUUUAUAUAUACUUUGUUAGGAAUGUAACUUUUUGGAGGGUAAAUUAAUGAAAGAACUAAUUUUAAUACUUUUUAUAAUUCUUUUUUGACAGUUUUUUAGAUUAUGACUUUGGAAAACUGGAAUAAUAUUUUAAUGACUUUUUUAAGGAAUUAAGUUAAUAUUUAUUUGGCUCUAGUAUUUUUGGUUUCGUGGAUUUUCAUAGGAAAUUAUGUCCUCCUUAAUUUAUUAUUAGCUGUAAUUAUGGAUUCGUUUAAUAAUUUGGAUGAAAAAACUAAAAUAGAGUUCGAAUAGGAAAUUGAAAUUGAAAAAGAUCUCGAACUUCAAUAAUAAAUGCAAUUAUCGUAAAGUACUUUUUAAACAAAAAGUUAUGAAAUUAAUAAUUCUUUUAAAUCUUAAAAAUCUAAAAUAUAAGAUAAUAGUAUUUAAGGAUAAAAGUCAUAAAUGUCAUAAAAAUCAUAAAAAUCAUAAUAAUAAUUAUAAUAAUAAUAAUAAUAAUAAUAAUAAUAAUAAUAAAUCCUUUGUUUGAAAAAGCUAUAUUAGUGUAAAAAAUAAAAUUUUAAAAUAAAUAUAUGUUUUUUAAUUAUAUAUAUAUAAACUUAAAAUAAAAAUAGUACAAUAAUAUUAAGUUCAUUAAUUUUAUUACUAAGUACAUACUAUGAUGAAUAAAAUCCUAAUGAUUAAUUUAUGAUAAACACAAUAAAAAUUAUCAAUUUAUUUUUCACAAUAUUUUUCAGUUUAGAAUCUUUAAUAAAAAUUAUUGUCCUCGGUUUUUUUUUCGACCAUAACUCUUAUUUACGAGAAUAUUGGUCCUGUCUGGAUUUUUUUAUAGUUAUCGCAAGUAUAAUAGAUGCAUCUGUUGAUUCAGUAGACUUAGGUAUAGUUCGAAUACUUCGUUUACUUAGAACAUUACGUCCAUUAAGAUUUAUAUCCCAUAAUCGAUCAAUGAAAUUAAUCGUAACAUCUUUACUAGAAUCAGUCUCUGGAAUAGUAAAUGUAGUAAUCGUAGUGAUUUUAGUAUGGAUAAUGUUCGCUAUUUUAGGAAUAAACUUAAUGGGUAAUAAACUACACUAUUGUAAUCUGUUUGAUGACUCAAAAAAUUAUUUACAUAAAAAUGAAUGUUUAGAAAAAGGAGGAAAAUGGGAAAACCGGUAACUUAAUUUUGACAAUAUAGGCAAUGGAAUGUUAACUUUAUUCAUUCUUUCAACUUUAGAAGGGUGGCCGGAUUAUAUUUGGAAUUUUAUAGACGGAGACGAGACAGGUCCUAUUUAAAAUAAUAAUUUAUAUUUCAUAGCUUAUUUUAUUAUUUUCAUUUUUAUUGGAAGCUUAUUCCUUUUAAAUCUUUUCGUGGCCAUUAUGUCUCUGAAUUAUAAUUUAGCAGCUAGAAAAUCCAAAAACAAAGAACUAAAUGAAUCUUAAGUGGAAUGGAUAUAAUUAUAAAAACAACUUUUGAAGUCUAAACCAGACUAUUUAUCAUUGAAGUAACCCGAAAACAAAUUUAGGUUAUUUUUUUGGUAUAUAUGUGAAUCCUAGCAUAUGGAUACCUUUAUCCUUUUGUGUAUUUUCGGAAAUAUAAUUAUUAUGGCUAUGAAUUAUGAAAAUUCGACUACGGAAUAUGAUAAUGGAUUAAAAAUAGCUAAUUUGGUAUUCACAUAUAUUUUUAUUGCAGAAAGUAUUUUUAAGAUAACCGCUUAUGGAUUUAUAGGGUAUUUUUUUAAUGGAUGGAAUUAAUUUGAUUUUUUUGUAGUUUGCACAUCUAUAUUGGAUAUAAUAAUGGAUUCUAUAGGUUAAGAAUUUAUUUCUUUUCUAAAAUCAGGACCUUAAUUAGCUAGAGUACUAAGAGUUUUAAGAGUUACGCGGUUAUUUAGGAUAAUAAAGACUUUUUAAAACUUACAAAAAUUAAUUUAGACUGUAAUUUUUUCUCUAACUUCUUUAAUUAAUGUUGCUGCUCUUUUAUUUUUGGUAUAUUUUAUUUUCUCGAUUUUGGGUGUAUUUUUCUUUAAAGAUAUUCACUAAGGAAAAAUUAUUGAUUAAAAUAGUAACUUUUCGAAUUUUCAUAAUUCUUUAAUACUACUUUUUAUAUGCUCCACUGGGGAAUAAUGGUAUUUAGUGAUGUAUGAUACUAUGCAAAAUGGAAAUUAUCUGAACUGUAUUUUCUUCAUACUUUUUAUUAUUUGUGUAUAGUUUGUUAUGAUGAACCUUUUCAUUCUUAUUAUAGUUGAUUAAUUCGAAUAAAAUUAUAUAAACCCAAAUAGUUUAUUAAAUACUUUCAAAGAAUACGAAAUUUAUUUUAAAUAAGUGUGGGUAAAACACACUAGAAGAUUAAACGGAGUCAAAAUACAUGAGAAUUAACUUCUAGAUUUGUAUUGUGAACUAAAAGAACCUUUAGGUUAUAAUUUAGAAACAAAUACAAAAAAAUAUGCCGAGAUGUUAAAGGAAAACUAUAAAGAUAUUAAAGAAUAUGAGGACAUAAAUAUAAAAUAAAAAGUUGAAAAAUUCAGAAUUUAAUAGCGUGCAUUUGCAGGUAAAAAUAUUAUGUAAAUGAGUAUUUGUUGUGAUUAUGAGGGUUUUAUAUAUUAUAACGAAUUAAUGUAUUAUUUAUUAAGAUUUAGUCUUCUUGAGGAAAUUUAUUAAGAAAAUAACCCUUUAGAAAAAAAAGGAUUAUAAAUCGUAAAAGCAGAAGAAGAAAUAACUUUAAGAAAAAUUUAACAUCUGAAAAAAAAAUAGGCUAAUGUUUUAAAAUAGAAAUUUGUAAAAAAAAGAGAAAAAGAAGUAAAUCCGCUUGUAUAGAAAUUAUUUGUUAGCAUGUGUUUUAAAAGUUGGAAUAGUUAUAGUAUUAACCUUUAACAGAGUAAAAUUUAAGUUGCGGACAAUAUUUCCAGUUAAACUGAUGAUAAUGAUUCAGAGGAAGACUCAGUGAUUUUAUUUGAUAAAGAAGAUGAUAAUGCUAAGAAAAUAAAAUUGAAAAAAAAAAUUAUUUCCAGGGAACGAUCUUUAAUAUAAAAAAAUAAUACGGAAAAAUCAUAAAUCGAAAAAUUUGUAUUCCUUCCUGAUGCGGAUAUUUAUAAAGGAGAUUUUCCGGAUUUUUAUAAUGACAAUAGAUUUUAUUUUGAAAAAAUAGAAAAAAAUUAAAAUUUACAUAUUCCUAAUUUAAUAGAAAAUAUUUAACUUGGGAAAAAUAAUAGUUAUAGUAAAUAAACACCUUCCAGAAUUCAAUAUACACCUUCUAGAACUCAGAAUACUCCUUAAAAUAAUAGUUCAAAAAAUAAAUAAAAUUCUGGAAAAAAUAAUAAUAAUAAUUAUUAAAAUAAUCUCACGUUUUAGUAAUAAGUGCUAAAUUAUAAUAAUAACUUAAAAGUUAAUAAAGAUCAACAAGUUUCUAAUUCUCCUAGUAAUAAUAAUAAAGGUUAUAUAUAAGAUUAAUUCGAUAGUAAUUCUUAAUUGAUUAAAUAAAUUAUUCCUAUUUAAAUUGUUAUAGCAAAUAAAAGCCCUAAAGAAUCUGAAAAUCAUUACGAAUAAUAAUGUUUAGAAUAAAAUAAAUGA